UUUCGUAAAAGUACCAAAUAAAUUUUAUGAAUCUGAAAAAAUGAAUUGAACUCGAUGGUUACGGAGAUUGAAUCGCCCAUAUAACUCUUACAACGGACAAAAUAAUCUAAUUUGGCGACAGAGAAAAAGCGAAUUGUCACUUAAUCUAGUACUUGUGCAUUUAUUUCCCACGACAACACUUGCACCACAGCAGCCCUAGUCAGCUGUGUUUAUGUUUAUCUGAAAUAACUACAAGUUUUAAUUCAAAAUUGAAUUUUCAGUAGAAAAAUCAUGUCAUCAUAAAAAUAGGAAAAAAUGGUUAAGAAGAAAUCUGCACGUCAAAAGCAUCAAAAAGAGGCAUUAGUAGGUGAUACAUCUGAAGAGGAAUUGAAAGAAGCAAAGUUUGAAGGUAAAAUAUGCCAGCACAUUACGAGAGGUUUAAACUUCUCGAGAGUGAAACGAAAUUUAAAAGCUGCAAACAUUGCUUUAUGCGGGGGCUGUUCUGAAAACUUAGAGGCAGGAAAUGAUGAGUUACCUGAAAUCUGGUUAUGUUUGCAAUGCGGAAAUCGAGGUUGCGGUCGAGUGUCGACCCAUCAGCAUGCCAUUCAACAUUUUAAAACUAUUCACUCUGAUUGCCAUGCUUUAGUUUUGAGUUCUUCAUCUGGUGUUGUGUGGUGCUAUGAAUGUGAUGAUAAUGUUAAUCUUCAACAGUCUCGUAAUUUGAGGCAGUGUGUGGAGUUUCUGAAUAAAUCGAAAGGCAGUAAAAAUACAUUUAAUAAUACUUUAGAUGUACAUAAAUCUCCCUUAAAUAAUCAGCCUAAUUUAUCAAAGUCUGUAAUCAAAGAGCAAGCAACCACAGAUUCUAAAGUGGCUAAUGUAAAAACUGAAAAUAAAAAUAAGAAAGAUAUGCUUCCUUCCAAAUCAUGUGUCAAGGGCUUAAGAAACUUAGGAAAUACUUGCUUUUUCAAUGCUGUGAUGCAGAACCUGAACCAAACACAAUUAUUAUUUAGGAUAUUGGAAAAGGCAUGUGCCCUUGACUAUGUUUGGGAAGUCCCUUGUCUAACUUUAAUGGAUGAUAUGGUGGUUGAAGAAACCUGUGAUGAGCAUUUGAAGAUUCCUAUACCACGACAAUUUCCUCUGGCUAAUAGUCUUCUGCACGUUUAUAAAUUAAUGAAUGCUUCUACAUCAAAUAAAAAUGAAAUAGUGAACCCUAGUUCUUUAUUUACUGAAAUUUCUAAAAAGUGCCCUCAAUUUAAACACUUCCAAGAACAAGAUAGUCAUGAGCUGCUGAGACAAUUGUUAGAUGGCGUUAGACAAGAUGAAGUGAAACGGCAGAAGAAAGCUAUUUUACGGCAUUUUGAUAUUGCUAACAUUCCUGUUGAAGAAGUUGAUGAAGACACAAAGAAACUUGUUAAAGCUUAUAGCUGCUAUGCAUCUCAUACAUUAGUUGAAAAAAUCUUUGGUGGCCUCUUUCUCAGUACAGUGCUAUGUGAAGAAUGUAAAACAUCGUCCCAAGUAUUUGAACCAUUCAUGGAUAUGUCACUACCUCUCUUUGAAGAAAAGCAUCAGGACAAUUGCAACCAACCUUUCCUUGAUGGAGGACAACAAAAGGAUUUUGAGCCUGUGAGAAAUCGUAAAGGAGGAUUAGAACAAGAUGGAAGUAAUGAAUAUAUUCUUAAUAAACCUAAAAAAGAAAAUGGAAAGCCCAGCAAGCAUCAGCUACGUAAAUUAAAAGAUUUAGCUAAGAAAGAAAAGAAAAAGAAAAAUAAGACCAGGAGAAUUAGUGAAACUAAUGAAGAUUUGUCUGAAAGUGAAGAAAAAUUAAAAGAAAAUGAUUCUGACAAAGAUCCUUCUAGUAAAGAACAUGCAGCUGAAGAUGAAGAACAAGAAACUGACAACACUGCUAUGGAAAAUGCAGAAAACUUAGAAGAAAUCAAAGAUACAUUGUCUUGUAAAGAAAAAGUAGAGUUAAAAAAUCUCUCUUGUAAUGGUGUUAAAAAUGAAACAGAUGUAAUUGAAAUAUCCCUUCAUAGCACUAGUGUUUCACAUGCCAAUACUGUAAAUACUAGUGAAACUGAUGAUGUUGAAUUCAACAACCAAACGCUUACAGACUUGAGCAAAAAUAACGAUCUUUGCAAAAAGCGAAAAGAAAAUGUAUCGGGUGAUUGCAACAGUGUAUCGGAUAGACUUAAUUUUGAAAAGUGUUGUGUGACAGAAAAACUUGAUUUUGAUGUAGCUAUUGUGCCAAAUGAUACUUCUGAAAAUGGUGCAUUUCACAGCAUCCUUGAAGAUUUACUGGUAGAUGAAAUUCCUACGCAAAAAAUUCCCAAAGAUUUGGAACGAGCUAUGCUAGGGGAAAAUGUAUCUGAAGAUCUGUUACUAGAAAAGAACCUAAGUGACUUUACUCAAAAUCAUAAAGAUGCCACAUUCAAGCCUGUUCCAGAGACUGCUUGUGUUUUAACUGAAAAUUUUAAAAAGUUAAAUGUGUCUUUGGAGUCUGAUGAAAGAAUGCAAACUCUGGGGUUACAAGUGAAAGAAGUACGAAUUCGUCGAGACAGUGAUCGACAGGGUAGCAUUUUGAAUUCCUCUCUGAGCCCUGAUGAGGAGACAAUCCUUGCCUCCUGUGAAAGCCAAGAAGAUACCUGUGACAAUGAAAAUGAGGAGAAAUGGUCUUGUAAUUUUUCAGAAAGCCAAGUCAAAGAGUGGAUAUUGAAAUCUCUUUUUACCUUGAAACCUAGAGUAAAAUGUGACCCAAAUGAAUGCUCAAUAGACUCAUCCCUUACUUAUUUCACUAAACCAGAACUGCUCACUGGUAGCAACAAGUUUCGCUGUGAAAAAUGUACAGAAAUAAAAAUAAGCAAAUCAGGAAAUAAAAAAGAUGUUGCUUAUAGUAAUGCCAGUAAGCAGUUUUUAAUAUUUAGUCCACCAGCAAUUUUAACACUACAUUUGAAACGGUUUCAACAGGUUGGAAUGAGUUUGAGGAAAGUUAAUAGAUUUGUUGAGUUCCCAUCAGUUUUAGAUAUAGCUCCAUACUGCAGCUCUGCGUGUCUGAUUUUGCCUCAUAUGAGUUCUGUAAAAGAUGAAAUACUUUACUCUCUCUACGGUGUUGUCGAGCACAGUGGUCGUAUGAGCAGCGGUCAUUACACCGCCUACGUAAAAGCUACAAAAAGAACAUUAAAUGAAACUUUUAUGUGUCAUUUACCUUUAGCUCAAUGUGAUCUUGAACAGUUACUGCAAAAAUUUUCUAAAAUCAAUACAGAAAAAACAGUUCAUAGUGACACACCUCGUAGUUCGAUUGAUUGUCGUUGGUACUACGUGAGUGACGCACAUGUGCGAGAAGUAGAUGAAGCUCAAGUCAUGAAAUGUCAAGCAUAUCUCUUAUUCUAUGAAAGAAUAAAGUAAUUUAUCUACUA